AGCAUCCUUCAGACUCUUACUAUCAUCACAUAGCUUUCUUUUGCGAUAUGAAUCCCACUUGCCUCGUCUGCGAUACUCCAACCAACAAGCGAUGCGCAAGAUGCAAGGGCGCCUAUUACUGCAGUAAGGCGCACAUCGCGCAGGACUGGCCCGCUCAUAAAACGUACUGUAAAAGAGUCAGCGACGCGGGUACCGACACCUUUGAUGCUAUCCUCUUUGGCGUCAAUGAAACAAAGCCCCGCCUUAUCAAACUUCCUUGGUCGUACGGCCCCCUUGAACGCGAAUUUAGCGGAGGGUGGCAUAAGCUGGACAUGGAGCCAUGGUUCAAGGGAAAAGAUUCUUUUGUCCGCACCCAUUAUGUUCAGACUUUCGGCACCAACGGACCAGUCCUUCGUCAUACUCUUGCAGUGCGUUUCGACGAUAACUUUAUGAUCAAUGGCUCCCAGAUAAAUCGCUGCAUUCAAAAUGUUACUUCAGGCAAUGCUGCGCAUCCUUGGGCCGGAAACAUUCUAGCCCUUAGGGUAGAGGGACUUGGAUCGCCUUGGUACAGUGAUGUGGUCAUGGAGGAGGACUUGGCGCCAUUGGCCAGGUACUUUGAGGAUUGUUACAGGAAGUAAAUAAUGAGUUAUAGCAUAUUGUCAAUCCCCUUUGGACCUUUUCUUUUUCUUUUUCUUCCUGCUUCUUUGUGUAUCUCAUACAUGCGGUAGUAGCGAUCGCGUGCUAUAGAUCAUUCUACAAUAUACAUCCAAUACCACCAAAAUACGACACACCCAUACUUUCAUUCUUAAUCGUAGUAGUGUUCGCGAUUCGGAACAUUGCGUGUAUGACCUUUUCAAUAUCCUUGCGAGCUUUUACUUUCCUGAAUUGUUUACGAGCUGCUGAA